UAAUUUAUGCGCCAUAGCACUCCAUUUUACAUGUCUUACAUGUUUCAGUUUGGAAAGGAAAGUACGGAAGUUGGUUUACGUUGGUAAAUCUCGAACGUUGGAGCGCCGUCAUGGCGGUUGGCAGAGGGUUCUUCGACCAGUACUCUGUGUUUUGUGUCUUUGGAUCUGUCGUGGGAUGCGUUGUUGUUCCACUCAUAACUCAGUCCGUGGAGAGCGUUAUAUUUUCCGCCAUCGUCAUAAGCCUUACAGCGACUCAUCUCACGAAACGGGCGACCAAGUCGGAAAAUUCAAACCAGGUCAACAUGAAAGAAGUCGACAAACGCGUCAGUCGCAAACUGAAAGAUCGCGAGCGUGAACAAGCGUCCCUUGUCAAAAAGCGGAAACCAGCAACACAACAGACUCAGCAGAUGACUGCAAGAGCUACAGACAGCCGAAAGAGAAAAGAGGAUGACCAGAAAAAACUCGAUUUGGCCAAACAACUUGAAUUGGAACGCAAGCAAGAAGAAAAGAAAGAAAGAAAAGUCAAGAAAAAGGAGGAGCGACUGAAGAGAAAAGAACAAGAAAGAGAGGAGAGGGAGAGAGAAGAACUAAGACUGAAGGUUUACAAGGAACAAAGACAAAAAGAAAUGCGAGAGAAUCUUAAGCAAGCCGAUAAGAACUCGCUUCUCCAAAGAGUAGAUUCCGGGAAAACAAAAGUUAGCUCUUCAAAGCCAACCAGAAAGCUUGAUUCUUCAGCAGUGUCUAAAUCACCUCUUAAAGUUCCUGGUUCUCCGGUAUUGACAAUGCAAUAUCUCUCCAGACAACGAUCGCAAUCGGAGGGGAGCGAAAGUGAACCCCCGAGCCCACCCCCUUCAGUAUGGAAAGUACCGGAGUAUGUCGAACCCAAAUGGAACCCUGGGAAACCGGAAUCAAAGACGGGAUCAAAAGAGACUCGAUUAAAUAACGACGUUGUUUGCGCGAAAGUUAAGCUAGAGCCGCCAUUUAACCAACUGCACAAUCAAGUUUAUAACAGCCAGUCAUUCAAAAAGAAUCAGUUCAUGAAUCAAAAUCCCGAGAAGAGCGUAGCACCUUGCGAAUUCAAGACAACGCCUCCGUCAGUGGAAUUCACCAAGGUCAAAGACCUGGAUAAACAGGACAAUCGACAGGUUAAGUUCAACACAUAUUCCAGUUUUUCCGGUUUGGAUCUGUUGUCUCAACUGAAAGAGGAGAGUAAGCUUUCUGACGCCGAAGUGAGGUCGUAUUCCUUAUUUGGUCCUGAUGAACCAAACAGCACCAUAUUUAGAUCUCCGCUGACGGGACAUUAAGGAGAAUUUCGUUUUUCUUUAAAAUGGGAGUGUAUUAAGACUUAUUCUCAAGAGAUAUUAUCUAUAUAUUGUGUACCUAGAGGUUUUGGUUUUCUUUCUUGAAUAAAGUUACUAACUUUAAGCUUUAAACAAUAAAAUGUUUGCAAGCUACA